AUGUUUCAACGUUCAUUAACUACCGUAAAUAGUGGAAAGGUCUGUUUAUCGAUACUUGGUACUUGGAGAGGGGAAGCUGGCGAACAAUGGUCGUCUGCGCAUGGUCUGUUGAGUGUUCUCAUAUCCAUACAAUCGCUCAUGUCUGACAAACCAUACGUCAAUGAACCUGGCUUCGAAAAUCCUCCACCAAGUGAUCAGAAACUUGUCGAUGAUUACAACAAGAAAAUCAUGCAUGAAACAUUGCGAGUCAGCGUUUGUGAUAGGCUGGAAGCAUACCUCGGGUGGAAAUCCAAUGACGUCAAGCAAGUUGUGAAUGAAGAGUCAGCAAAAGUCAAGGAUGGCACUGCCUUCACCAAGAUGAGGUUCGAAGGUGGAAGUAAUAGCAUGGAAGGAGCAUUUGCCUAUGGAACUCUACGAACACGCUUGGAAUCAAUAUACAAAGGCUUGAUGGAUGAAAUUGAAGACUGGAAGAGGGAAUCAAAAGCACACAUCAAGGCAGAUACUACAACUUCACACUCUCUCCUAUCCCAAUUCCAACAAAUACAAAACUCCAACACCAUCGAUGGCAACAUAUCUGUGGAAUUGAGAGACAACAACCCUUACAUUUGGAUCGUGACAAUCAUUGGUCUGCCUGCAUCUAGCCACGAUGGUGCGCUCUAUAAAGCAGAAAUGGUCUUUUCCAACGAAUUCCCAGAUGCACUGCCAAAAGUACGAUUCUUGACUGAAGUCUUUCAUCCAAACAUCAGCCGUGAUGGCUUUCCGUAUUAUCGAACACUCAAACCUGAAGAUGUACGCUCCCAUCUCUCAGCCAUUGCAGCUCUCUUCACACAAGACCCAGAUCCUCAACCAGCAACACAUUUGAAUGCUACGGCCCGGGAUCUUUACUUUGGCACAGAGGCACAGAAGAAAGACUUUAGGAGGCGUGUUAGGAGGUGUGCACAGAAGAGUGCCGACUUCGACGACUUGUAA